GCUAAAACCAAAACAGUGACAUUGUUAACGGCUGAGGAAUCAUCGUUGUUCAGUGAAGCAAAACAAAUCGUCGAUCCCAUUUGCUUUUUUCGAUUCCUUCCUUGUGGGCUAAAGUAUUGCUACAGCAUUCGCCUUACAAAAAUAUAGAUUUCAACAAUGAAAGCGGUGGUGCUCUUGUUGUCGUUUCUCUUCAGCACAGCCAGUGUUUCAUUUGCAAAGCCCGAUACUUCAUGGUUCAACUCCCCAAGAGUAUCCAAAAUCAAGUCACCAAAUCUUGAGCAAAUAAAAAUGGGGCCAAAACAACUGGACAGCCAUCACGUGAUGCAAGUGAACAGACAAAAACUGAAGACGAUUACAGAUGUAAUAGAUGAAACGUUGAAUGGUCAUAYGCACGACUCGAAGGACGACGGGGUUAAGGCUGAAGAACUGGUAUUCAAACCAUCUGGUUGCUAUGCUGACGACCCGACGAAUCGUGCAUUACCGGAGCUGCUGGAAGACCUUCAGCCCAGCAUCGAUUGGAUGGACUUGAAUAAAACCAUCAACUAUUGCGCAAAGCUCGCUAAAAAGGCAGGUUACACUGUUUUUGCACUGCAGAAAUUUGGCAAGUGCUACAGCGGAAAGGACGCCUUGAGUACGUAUGAUAAGUACGGUACUUCCACCGAAUGCGUGAAAGGUGUAGGAAGAGAUGGCGCUAACUUUGUCUAUUUGUUCAAACUGCCCGUUGUACCCAUGAAGCGACCAACAGUACACUGCUUUCCCAAGACAUCACAGGCCGAGCUCCCUGGCAACCGUUUGGUUGCUAUGGCAGAUCUAAAAUUAGGAGAUCGAGUCAAAACUUUAGACUCUCAAGGCAAGCCCAUCUUCAGUGACGUCAUCGCUUUUCUUCACCGACACGAGGAUGCUGAAGCAGAAUACUUAUCACUUGCUAUGGAAAAUGGCCGCAGUUUGAAGGUUUCGAGGAAGCACCUUGUAUUCCGAGUGGAUGGCAACAUUAAUGAAAUCAAUGCUGUAUACGCAUCAGAUAUAAAGGUUGGAGAUAUAUUAAAGACUGGCCCUGAUGGACAGAGCUCAGUGACUGAAAUCACCAUGACAACACAUGUAGGGGUUUACGCACCCCUUACAAGGCAUGGCACCAUGAUAGUCGAUGGAGUUCUCGUGUCUUGCUACGCCCAUUGGUAUUCACAUACAAUAGCUCAUUUAUCAAUGGCCCCACUGCGCAUGUGGACGGAAAUUACGUCACUACUGACGUCAUUCAGCAAGUUGUUCAUAAACCAUAGUUUCACUAGUCUGAAGAGCGACUUUGAAGGGGUUCACUGGUACGCCGAGUCUCUCAUGAGUAUUGCACAAAAAUUCGUACCACUGAAUUAAGCUGGAAUUUAAUAGCAUGCAGACAUUGUUUUAUUAAAUACAUGAACGACAUUCUCCAUGGAUACUGUCAUUCUUAAUUCAUCGACUUUCAAGUACAUGCAAGAUGAACUUGGCUGUUGCAGAAAGUGUUGCCUUGAGCUUUGUUUACGCGGCUUGCAUGCACCGGAGAAAUAUGAAGUUCAUAACUCAUUCGGUAAAUUAGAGAGGAUUGUCCUACAUGUAUAGUAUACAUUUCUCAGCCUCGAUUGCCUAAACGUGCUUUGUCCACUCAAAUAUACCAACAUAUUCGGAAAAUAGCCAAUGGAGGAGACUGCCCUGCAUGUAUAUUACACCACAUCAGCCCUGGCAACCUAAAAAACCUCGAUCUUUUUUGUUAAUAAAAGUUUUUUUUACCAUGCAUACACCAUGGCAUAACGGUUGACUAUAUAAAGGCUGUGAAGAACGUCGAACUGAAAUGCGGCCUAGCAUAAAGAAGUGAUGUGAAGUGCUGAGGGUAGCAACCCUAACUACCACUGGAGAUGUUCGCUAUGUAAUUCAAUUAUUACUGGAUGUGUAUUAAACCUCAAUGAGUACUUCAAUCCUAAGGAACCAUCUAGUCAGUUAUUGGGCGUCACUGCAAUUCCUCUGUUUGACCAAAGACGUCACUUGUACAGUACAAGAAAUACAAGACAAAAUCUGUAGCACGUCAGCUGGCACAAGAAACGCCCACAAUAAACUGAUGACAGCUUUGCAAGUGGGCGACGAGGAAAAGGGGCGGAGUCGUGACUUUUCGCAGAGAAGAUGAAAAAAAAACUUAUAUCAGAGGAUUACAAUUUGCAUCACGCUACGAAAGAAGGAUGAGAAGGGGGGUCUAUUUUAUGCCUAAUAUCAUCCUCUUUCCCAGUAACUCUUUAGUCUUGGAACAAGGGAGGCUCGGGCUUGAAAAGUUUAAAGAAUUUUGAAAUUGUCAAUUUCUAAACACCACCACAUCGAGCUAAAACUUACAUCCAGUUAGCUUUAUCGAGCCGCGUUACAAUAGCAGAAAAUAACCGCAGAACAGCGCAACGCAGAUAUCCAUACUAUCUUGUAACAAAAAAUUGAUUCAUUGAUUUUUUKGCUGCUUAUUAGUUUAUAUUCAAUUACGCCAUGAAAAAUCGGGCACUCAUGAAGUUCGUAGACAAUCGAAAAAAGUCUAGAGCAUACGUUAACGCUAAUGAGGUCUAGUACAUGGUAACAUUUCUAUAGUUAUUAGUAUCGCAAAAGUAAAGUUAUUCAAAGGUUUGCAAGAAGAGUUCGAUAGGUGGCAGAAAGUGUUAGCAAUUGUGCCUGCAAAUCCAUACUGUUCCUUAGAAUGACUCAAUACAAUAUUUGUACAUAAAUCGAGAAAUAAAGUGAAAAAUACUAUGGUUA